AUGCUGCGGACCGCAGGUUUUCUCUCCGCGGCUGCAGCAGAUAGCUGUGUGCCUGCCAGGGUUUCCAUCGCUUGGGUGGACUGUAUGGGUGCUUCUGGACGCCUCUGUUUGCUAAAGGCAAGGAACUUACCGGGUAGCUUUAUAGGGGCAGCAGCAGCAAGGCAGAGGCAGGUGUCGCUGCACUGGAGGGUGAGCGCGGCUAGGGGUCUUCGACCGGAUCUACCCAAAGGCAGCAGCAACAUCAGCUGCAGCAGGCCAGUCAGUCGGGCUGUUGGUGACAUGAGCUGCGGAACCAUUAAUUCUGCCUCCAAUGUUUCAAAGAGGCGAAACUUCUCCAGCAGCAGCAGCAGCGUGGGUGGGUCGCACUAUGCAACGCUGGGAGCUUAUGUAGCUCUGGCUCUCCAACUCCACCCAGAUAAAAAUAAAGAUGAUCCAAACGCCGCCAGUCGCUUUCACGAAGUUCGCGUGGCCUACGAUGUGCUCUCCCAACCCUUUUCGCGCAGUCACUAUGACAGGCAAUGCGAGGGGGCUCGCGGCAUGGCAGCGGCUAUGGAAGACGCAGGCGCUGCCGCCUGGGGAGAAGAGACAGAAGAGCAGAGAACACUCCGCCGCCAGCGCUACCAGAGAUAUGCAGCUGAGCAGCGUACAGACGUUCCUUAUGACGAUACUCCAGGCGUUGUGCCAGUUAUCGUUUGCGCGUUCCUGGCGAUCACUUACUUCUCCGUCGCCUACCCUAAGGCCCGCGAGAUGGAAGAGUGCUACGGUGUACAUGACGAAGUCACGCCGCGAGACACUCGAGGAGAUCCGCUAGUGAGGGCUUUUUAUAAUCCUCUCAGCGAUCAAUGGGAGCGAAUACCUAGGGGCUAUGAUGCCCCACUCCCCUCAAUCCUACACAGGAUGUACUCUGUUCGCCAUCCGUCCCUCCGACUGGAGACGUCUCAGAUGCCAAGGCAAUUCGCGGUGCUUCAGAUGCCGCAUUCUCAGACCGAGCCCUCACGGCUUGUGCGUGAUCCACGCACGGGAGAGCACCUCUGGACGGGGGAAAUUCCAGUCAAACGGAGCGGCCCCAGUAACAGCAGCAAUAGCAGGUCUUCCGAUUGCAGCCUUCCCACUGCGCAUUCGCCUGCUGAAAAGGCUGGUGGACUAUCGGUUUCCUCGGAAGCAAAGCCCCCAAAGUCUCAGGGAGUUGCUGCGUUGUGUAUCUGA